AUGAGCCAGCCCGUGGUGCAGCCUGCCACCCCGCUCACUCCUCCCCUCUCGGUGCCCGCCUUUCGUAGCCCCGCUCUGGUUCCCGCAGAGCAGCAGCACCAGCACCAGCCCUCUCGGUCCCCCUUUUUCUCUCCUUCGUCGUCGCAUGGCCACAACGGCAACACCACGACUGUCACCACCGCCCAACGCUCAUCCGGCAACCAUGCUUCGUCCCCGCCGCAAUCUCACAAGAGCCCGACACUGGCCGCCGCCGCCGCCGCCGCCAGCAGGCCCAACGGCAGCGGCGCAAAGGAUCGCCCCGCCUCGUCGGCCCUGAUCACCUCGACUGGCCAGCAGCAGGAACAUCACCGCCCACUUCACUCGAUCCACCAUGACCUCGCGCCGGACAGCUCCUCGAAGCUCAAGGCCGAUCCAGUCACUGAGUUCUCCAUCCAGCGCAAGCCCCAGGAUCGCCAGCCGAGCCUCAUGCGCGAUGCCCAGCUCAGCCAGGAAGAGGCCAUACACAGGGCCCACCAACAGCAGCACCACGCGCAGCCUCAGCUCACCCAGCAGCAGCAGCAGCAGCAGCAGGCACAGCAGCAGCAGGCACAGCAGCAGCAGGCGCAGCAACAACAACAACAACAGCAGCAACAGCAAAACACGCUGCUCCUCCAGCACUACCAAGAGAGGGAUGCUCUCGUCGAAGACGCCUUCCGCGCAGCGCGCGAGAGCGGCAACCAGGAAUGGAUCGUUCUCAUGGACCUCUCGAGAUUCGCUUCGCAGCACCACAUGAGCCCCUACAGCCUCAUGAAGUUCGGCCCGCGCGGCUCCCCCUUUGCCUACGUCCCCAUCACGCUGCAGCGCCCCGACGCCGUCGAGCAGACCAUGUCCCAGCAGCGCCAGUCGGAACGCCAGGCCGUCGAGUGGCUCAUCAACAAGAAGCGCAAGCGCGGCAUCCAACUGCGCGAGCAGCGCGAGCAGCAGCAGCAGCAGCAGCGCACGCAGUCCUCGACGCCCGUCCUCAAGAUCUCGCUGCAGGAUCUGCACCGCGAGCCGCCUGCCUCGAUGGUCGGGACCAAGCGCUCGGCCGCCGUCAUCACCCCGCCCAACGCCAGGGCCACCAGUCUGCUCCGCACCUGCUCGACCGAGGGCAGCCGCCUCCCCAUGGAGGACCAGCUGAGCCAGGCCAUGUCCGACUCGAUCCGCGCGACGGCAGCGCCGCCAGAAAGCGCCGCGUCCUCGUCGACCGAGUCCCUGCCCAUCGACGACCAGAACGAGUCCGAGUCCAAGAUCAACGACCUCGACCGCUCGACGCGCAUGGUCGAGAUCAAGGACGCCAAAGACAGGUCCGAUGGCACCGGGCACGACGGCCUGGCGAACGGCAGCCCAACCUCUUCCCAGGCCACGGCCGGCAACGGUGCGGCGCAGGCCGGCAGCAGCGUCAUGGUCAACGGCCCGCUGACCACCCAGGAGAUCUACGUCCAGGACCUGGAAAAGGCCAGCCCGACGGAGAAGCCCGGGCACGUCCCCCCGCACGAGCAGCAGCGGCCGCCCCCGGUGGCCGCAAUGCCGCCGUCCCAGCAGGCCAGCCUGGCCAUGAAGACGAGCGACACCCACCCCAUCCACAUCAGCCCCAUCGUGCCCGAGAAUCUGCUCCAGGAGAUCUCGGACCGCAUCCUGGCCGCCGCGCCGCCGCAGUUUGUCGGCGAGUUUGAUGGGAUCGAGGACGGGGGCGACGGUGGCGCUGAGGUUGGCCGGAUACACCAACCUACGCCGUCGUUCAUCGACCCGGUCGUUCACGAGCGCGAGCAGGCGCUUGGACGCCGCCUGUCGCAGGCGCAGAUCGCCGACCAGGCGGCAGCCGAGGCGCAGGAGGCCGCCGCUGCGGCAGCCGCCGCCGCCGACGAGACGUCGAUUUCGCCUUCCAAGGCGGUGACGGCCUCGCAACCGAGCUCGUCUGCCAAAUCGCCGACCUCUGCGCGCCGACCGUGCAUCGGCAACAUGCUGCUGUCGUCGUGCCCGGGCAAAAAGGUGCGGCUGUCGGGCCCGGUGCGCGGGCGCGGAGCCAUCUGCAGGGACCUCGGCCUGGACCUCAAGCGCAUCUACGGCCUGGGCAUCCGCGCCGUAGUGUGCUGCCUCGACAACGACGAGCUGGCCUACCUGGGCGCGCCGUGGGAAGAUUAUGAGCGCGAGGCCGACAGCCUGGGCCUCGACGUGAUCCGGCUGCCGAUGGCCGAGGGUUUCGCGCCGACGUGCGUGACGCGCAUGGACGAUGCCAUCACGGCCCUGAUCCAGGACUACACGCUGCGCGGCAAGAGCAUCCUCGUCCACUGCCGCGGCGGCGUCGGUCGUGCUGGGCUAUCGGCGUGCCUGUGGAUGCUCAAGCUGGGUCUGGUCGGUCCCUCGCCGCUGGCAGCAGCAGCAACAGCGCCAUCGGACAUGCCCAUUGACAACGGCGGUGCAGGCAGCGGCGACAUGCAGUCCCUCGACGGUGCCGCGGAACGACUCGCCGACGCGACAGCGGCCACCGUGACAAACGCCACGCCUGCGAUCGCGAACACUUCGGAAUCGCAGGCGGUGCUGGAUACGGUCGAGAGGCUGAUUGAGACGAUCCGGCGCCGGCGCAGCCCAAAGGCCAUAGAGACGGCCGAGCAGGUCAAGUUUAUCGUCGAGUUUGUCAUGUACCUCCAUCGUCAAGAGGCCCUGGUGCGACAGAAUGGCGCCGACGCGGCAGCGGCGGCGGCAGGUCGAUCUCGACUGCUCUAG